UAAACUGGCCCCGACGAUGUGUUUGUGAACAAUUCCUGGAAUACUUUUUCUAAUUGGGAUAUUUUUAUUGCAGAUGUUCCUUCUCUCCUUUCUGGGUGUAAUAUUUUUCGGAAUUGCUGGAAUUUUAUUAAUAUUUGUUUACACCGCCACUGUACUUUGGUACAUAAUGACAAUCCUGUGCCUAUGUCUCCUGUUGUCAGUCCUCUUCUUAAUAGACGCCGCAAUGAUACUCGCAUUUUGGAAACGAAGCUGCAACCAGUGUUGUUGCGCGAGUCAGGCUGAAAUAUUGUACCAGAAGAAGAAUUUUUGUCAUCCUUUGUGCGAAACGGUCAAAUACGACCUGACGACUAGCAUCAGCAGCCUCAGAAUACCUUCUGGAGAAGAGGGUGCGACUCCUGACCACACUUACCGAAAAGUCGGAUACGGACGUCGACGGCAGUAUGUCGAUUGUCCAACGAGUGCUCCAUCAGCGUCCAAAGUCGACGUUGCUGAAGUUCAAACAGAACCCCGAAGGACAUUCCACAUAGAGAGCCAAACCCAACAGAGCGUAAAAGAGAUUCCAGUGCAAACAGUGAGCAGAUGCGAGAUGUGCAAUCAACAAAUGCAAAUUUUUUCGACGACCGCGGACGUCCAAGCUACAAUGCAAUCAGCGCCAUGCACUCCCUGCCCUGCUCUCGUGCAGCUUAUCCGAGGAGUGCCGUGUUGUUCAGGUUGCAGGUGCGUGGCAGGUAUAGUUCAAGUUCCACAGCAAAGCCAACAGCAACAAACGCAGCGAUCGGAUCAAGAUAAAAAACCGGCCAAGGAUCAAGUGAAAUGGGUGCAACAGGACCAAAAAUCUUACGGAAUGUUGACGAGUGGACAACACGAAGAGCCAAAAAUGACGGGAAUGGCGGGAACGAUCACUAAGCUCACGCUUGCAUCCUACUCUGUCACACCCAGCAAGAAAACUCACAAUUCGAGUCAAACUGGUGGCGACGAUACGAAGACAAGCAAAAGCACGCCUACCUCGUCUGAAGAAAAGAAAUCAAAAGUGAACGCGCUUCAAAGGGAACAACCGGGAGAAAAGAAGCCCACGAAGAAACAAAACGAAAUUUUGAUACCAGAGAGAGAGAAAACAAAAACAACAAACGACGCCGCGAAACAACCCGUUAAACCUCCACCGAGGAAAUCUAUAAGUCCUCUUGCACCGAAACAAAUCAAAUCCUCCGCAAAGAAAGAGGGACUUCGAAAGUCCGUGGAAUUUUCUGCAGUGGAACCAGUGUCUAUUUUAGAAGAACAAAGUGAAUCGACAAACGAGAAGCCAGUAUCUCCAGUGCAACAAAUGGCGGAGGUAAUAGAUCGUUUGAAAGAAUUGGAAGGAAGCAAAAUGGACCAAUUAGGGGUAACAACUGAAGAACCGAAACCCAAGGUGGAUACAACCAUAAAAGACUCGAUGGCAAAAUUACCAGAACCCGAGAAAAAGGAAGAAGAAGUGAACGCUGCUGCAGAACAUCAAAUGAAAGACAAACGAAGCAGUCCUGAUGAAACGAGUUUCGGACAAAAACCUGAGGUCCUCGCCAAAAUAAACGAAAAGAAAUCGGAAACAAAACCUGUCACAAAUGCUACAACUGUGAGCGAAUUUAAUUUGGGGAACAGAGAGAGUAGCUUUUCCACUGAUAAAUCCGAAAGCGGCUACGGGAAGCUCGACGAUUCGGUAACGAAGCAAGAAGAUGGCGCAAAGGUGGAUCAAGGCACUCUGCCUGAGCCUAAACCUGACACGGGAACGCAAGGAACUGUCAUAGAUGCUUCCUUGGCCAAAUCAAAGAGAACUCACAUUCUUCGAAAGAAAAACAAAGUUGAACCUGGUGAAUUCAAGCAUGCUGACACGAACGUUCAAACUUUGAUCCGUGAUGAUGGCGAUAGCGGUUUACCUACUGGUAAAUCAGAAUUCGAGAGAUUGUUUGUAGGAGAAAAGCGAGGUUUCAUAGACGAAAAAGAUAUAAAUAUUUGUUAUGCUUGCAAAAGGCUGCAGGGCCCUCUAGCUUCUAGUUCCUAUCGAUUCUGCAGUGUAUAUAAAGAUAAACGUGGGAGGCUGUAUUGUGAAUUUUGUGCUACUGCGAAUACCAUUAAGGUAUUGUACAAAGAUGACGGAAGUGAGCAGAAGCGUUUGAAAUGCGCAGGCUGUGGAAACUUUUUACGCGUGAGAAGCAGUCAGAGCGAUGCGCCUAUGUUUCGAAGCAAGUCCGGCUGUCCGAAAUGUGGUCAACUACAAACACGUGCACCUUUAGCUGUAAUGAAAUAAAUCCUUACGAAAUGUGGUAAACGACAGAUUACGAGGAUACAUAAUUUACUAAGGAAAUGACAUAAGUAUCAACAAAAUAGGGUAAGUGUCGAAUCACUUAAAUUACAGUUAUACUUUCACUAUAUUCUUAGCGAAUUAAAAAAUGGAAAUAAUACAUAUACCGCUAAACGUAAAAAAAAUAUAAUCAUUUUGUUAUUAAUAACAUUUAUCUGAAUUUUCCUACAAUAUUAAUAACGAAAUGACAUAAAAAGUGUUUGGUUACCUUUUAAGAUAUGUAUCUUUAAACUCAAAAUAUAAAAAUGAUUACUGUACUAUACACAGGUCAGCAACCAGUUGUGGACGCGAAACAUUAUUAUUUAGGAUUCUUCUGAGAUCUAUGUGUACACAGGGUGUUCCUAAAGGCUGUGGUUACGUAGAUCAUAAAGAAAGUUUUCCAUAUAUGAUAUUUAUUAAAAUUUCUUACUUGUCUAGACUUUUAGAACUAAGGCAUUAAAGUGCUUUAAGAUUAUAUAUAUUUUGAAUAAUUCUAUUUCUCUAAGAAAAUGGUUUGCUUGUAGGAAAAGUAUGAGUUUUUUUGUUCGUUUUCGAUAAUAAUUUACACUGUAAUUAUAAAUAUAAAUUUAUUGUCAAUACUUUCUUGCGAGGAACAUAUAUCACGCAAUGAAAAAUGCGAUAUAACAUCUUAUUAUACAACAGUUAUCGUAUUGUUAACACACUAGCAAUUCAUAGUAAUUUAUC